UCAGGAGGCACUCCCGCCGUUUGAAAUUCACAGCUUGCUGUUUCGGGAUGGCUACCAAUAUAGGUGACCAGCGUGCCUCAGAAUGGGCUCCCCAGUACAACCUGGGUAACGGGAGCACCAGGGAGAACGGCAUGGAAGGCCCAAUGCACGAGAACCCUGAAUGGGAGAAAGCCCGCCAAGCACUGGCCAGCAUCAGCAAGGCCAGCGCCGCUGCUUCUGGCAACAGUAAAAAUGCCACCAGCGGGCCAGCGAAUGCGCAGUAUACAGCCCAGCAAGGGGAGGCCUUGCAGCAGCAGCAGCAGCAACAGCAGUACUAUCAGUGGUAUCAGCAGUACAGCAGCUACCUCUAUCCCUAUAAUUAUUAUUACCCUAUGAAUGUCUACCCUGGAUACAGCUCUCCCGGACAAUAUGGUGUCCCAGGUGCUUACUCCUCUACGGGACCCCAACAGCCUCCAGCUCCUGGCCAACACCAAGGGAACAUGAGCCAGCCUCCUGUCCCUGGCAUGGAAGACGGAGGGAUGUCGUCGUACUCGAACCAGCAGCAGCAGCAGAUGCCGGUCCCGAACCCUCCGCAGUCCCCCAUGCAGCAUCCCGGCCACCCCUCGCAGCACAGCAGCCACCCCAUUGGCUCUGGGGGGCAGCAGCAGGGUGGCGGGCCCUCCGGAGGGCCCCACUCCCAGCAGAACCAGUCGGGCGCCUCCUACGGCCAGCAGCAGCAUUCUUACCAGGAUGGGUGCAAGCCCAAGAAAGGGCAGCAGCUCUGGAACCGCAUGAAACAAGCGCCUGGGUCCGGGGGUCUGAAAUUCAACCUCCCCAAGCGCCCCUUUGUGAUGACCAACCAGAACUUCAACUCCUGCCCAGAGCAGCAGCAGCACGGCAACUUCGGCUCCCAACAGAACUCUGAGAAACGCCACAAUCACAGUUCUUCCACAGGGAAGCCGGAAGACUGGCCGCAAGACAUGAAGGAGUACGUCCAGCGCUGCUUCACAGCCUGCGAGUCGGAGGAGGACAAAGACCGCACCGAGAAGCUCCUCAAGGAAGUGCUGCAGGCCCGGCUGCAGGAUGGCACCGCCUACACGAUCGACUGGAGCCGGGAGCCGCUUCCUGGGCUGGGCCAGGACAACAUGGGUGACAGCCCCAAGAAGAAGCAGCAGCAGCGCUGGGAGAUGUCCUCCCUCCACUCGCCACGGACUCCCAUGCAGUCCACCCUUUCCCAGCAGCAGCGGGGCGGUGGUGGCAACUCUCAGCCCCCGCGAGGGGGAGGUGGCGGGGGAGGCGGAGCUGGCCGUGCCCGCGGGAACGGCUUCCCCACCAAGUUUGGGAACCGCAAUGUCUUCAUGAAGGACAACAGCUCGUCCUCGAGUGUCGACUCGCGCUCCAGGUCCCGGUCUUCAUCGCGGUCGCCCAACCGCCACUUUCGGAGGAGUGAUUCGGAUUCGGACAGUUCCUUCUCAGGCAGCGAGUGUCGAUUGGGCGGCCGUAGGAAUACCCAGAGAAACCGGGGCCGUGGAUGCCACAUGGAUAGAGGUCGGAUGAGAGCCCAGCGAGGGAAAAGGCACGAGCAGGGCCUUUCGAAGCGCAACCGGAAACGCAAUACCAUGGACUACGAAGACCCUGAGAAGGAGUUCAAGAAGGAGCGGCGAGCGGCCCGCUUCCAGCACGGGGGCCACUCUAAGAAGCUGCGCCUGGAGCCCCUCAUCCUGCAGAUUAACAACCUGGACCCCACCGGCUCAGAUGGCCUCGACUGGAAUGAGCUGAAGAUUGUGGGCACCUCUCAGGAGAUCACCAAGCAUUACCUGCGCCUGACUUGUGCGCCAGACCCGUCGACUGUCCGGCCUGUCUCGGUGCUUAAAAAAUCCUUGUCCAUGGUGAAAUCCCACUGGAAAGAUAAGCAGGACUACGCCUAUGCUUGCGAGCAGAUGAAAUCCAUACGGCAAGACCUCACAGUUCAGGGAAUCCGUACAGAGUUCACUGUGGAGGUAUAUGAAACCCAUGCCAGGAUAGCACUGGAGAAGGGCGACCACGAGGAGUUCAACCAGUGCCAGACGCAGCUGAAGUCUCUCUAUGCAGAGAACCUCCCAGGCAAUGUCGGGGAAUUCACUGCUUACCGCAUCCUCUACUACAUUUUCACCAACAAUUCAGGAGAUAUCACCACGGAGCUGGCUUACUUGACGAAAGAGCUGAAGGCAGAACCCUGCGUGGCGCAUGCGCUCUCCUUGCGGGCAGCCUGGGCCCUGUCCAAUUACCACCGCUUCUUCUGCCUCUACCGUCAAGCGCCCUUCAUGUCCGGUUACCUCAUUGACAAGUUUGCGGAACGAGAGAGGAAAACGGCCCUCAAAGCCAUGAUCAAAACUUUCCGCCCGGUGCUUCUCGUCUCCUACGUUGUGUCAGAGUUGGCCUUCGAGAGCGAGGAGGAGUGCCAGGCGUUCCUCGCAGCUCUGUCCCUCGUGUAUACUAGCCCCGACGCCACCAAGAUUGACUGCAAGCAGAGCUUGGCGGUCCUGGCCAAUUUCUGAAAAGUCUAA